GGAAGCUGGUUGUUCGCUGCGGCGACCAGUGCCGGAAAGCGCGGUGGGGACGCGCUGUGUUCUCGCCGCUCAGAGGCGGGUCUGAGGCUCUGUGGCGGCGCCCAGGGUGGCCCGGGCCCUUUCCUCGGUCGUUGUCUCACCGCCAGCUCUACCCACAGGCUCCGAUGGCGGCGGCCGCGCUGAGGGACCCCGCUCAGCAGGGCUAUGUGACCUUUGAGGACGUGGCUGUCUACUUCUCCCAGGAGGAAUGGAGAUUGCUUGAUGACACUCAGAGGCUCCUCUACCGCAAUGUGAUGCUGGAGAACUUUACACUUCUGGCCUCUCUGGGACUUGCAUCUUCCAAGACCCAUGAAAUAACCCAGCUGGAGUCAUGGGAGGAGCCCUUCAUGCCUGCUUGGGAAGUUGUGACUUCGGCCAUACUGAGAGGUAGUUGGCAAGGAGCCGAGGCUGAGGAGGCUCCUGAGCAGAGUGCUUCUGUAGAAGUGCCCAGUUCAAACGUUCAGCAACACCAGAAGCAGCACUGUGGAGAGAAACCCUUAAAAAGACAAGAGGGCAGGGUCCCAGUUUUGAGGAGUUGCAGAGUCCACCUAUCAGAGAAGUCCUUGCAAAGCAGGGAAGUUGGGAAGGAUCUUCUGACCAGCUCAGGUGUUCUCAAGCACCAGAUGACUCACACAGGAGAGAAGUCACAUAGGAGCUCCAAAAGUAGGGAGGCUUUUCAUGCUGGAAAAAGGCAUUACAAAUGCAGUGAAUGUGGGAAAGCCUUUGGUCAGAAAUAUUUACUUGUUCAGCAUCAGAGACUGCACACUGGGGAAAAGCCUUAUGAAUGCAGUGAAUGUGGGAAGUUAUUUAGCCAUAAGUCCAACCUUUUUAUACACCAAAUAGUUCACACUGGAGAAAGGCCUUAUGGGUGUAGUGAUUGUGGAAAAUCCUUUAGCCGUAAUGCUGACCUCAUUCAACACCAGAGAGUUCACACUGGAGAAAAGCCUUUUACAUGCAGUGAAUGUGGAAAAGCUUUCAGGCAUAAUUCCACACUUGUUCAGCAUCACAGAAUCCACACUGGAGUAAGGCCUUAUGAGUGCAGUGAAUGUGGAAAAUUGUUUAGUUUCAGCUCCAGCCUCAUGAAACAUCAGAGAGUUCACACUGGAGAAAGACCUUAUAAGUGCAGUGAAUGUGGAAAAUUCUAUAGCCACAAGUCCAGCCUUAUCAAUCAUUGGCGUGUUCACACUGGAGAAAGGCCUUAUGAGUGCAGUGAAUGUGGGAAAUUUUUUAGCCAAAGCUCAAGCCUCAUGCAACAUCGAAAAGUUCACACUGGAGAAAAGCCUUUUAAGUGCAAUGAAUGUGGGAGAUUCUUUAGUGAGAAUUCCAGCCUUGUUAAACAUCAGAGGGUUCACACUGGAGCAAAGCCUUAUGAGUGCAGGGAAUGUGGGAAAUUUUUUCGCCACAGCUCCAGUCUUGUUAAACAUCGAAGGAUUCACACUGGGAAAUACAAUGAUUGUGAGAAAUCCUUUAGCUGGUGUUUCAACCUCAUUCAACACCAGAAAGUUCACAGUGUAAAAAAUUCUUGAAGGUUACUAAUGGAAAUCCAUUAGCUACACCUCCAAACUCAUUCAACACUGGACAGUUCACAGAGUGGACAAUGUAGUGAAUAUGGUAAAAGGCCUCAGCCAAAGGCCUAACCGUAUUCAACACCAGAAAGUUUAGACUGGAGAAAGGCCUUAGACUGUCGCUGAAUCAAUAUGACCUGACUUAAAGCAGAAACAGCCAGGCGUGGUGGCUGACACCUGUUAUUCUCACCACUUUGGGAGGCUGAAGCGGGCGGAUCACAAGGUCAGGACAUCGAAACCAUCCUGGUUAACACGAUGAAACCACAUCUCUACUAAAAAUACAGAAAUUUACUGGGCAUGGUGGUGGGCGCCUGUAGUCCCAGCUACUCAGGAGGCUGAGGCAGAAGAAUGGCAUGAACCUAGGAGGCAGAGUUUGCAGUGAGCUGAGUUCACGCCACUGCACUCCAGACUGGGUGACAGAGUGAGACUCUGUCUAAAAAAAAAAAAAUUAGCCGGGCGUGGUGGCAGGCAACUGUAGUCCCAGCUAUUUGGGGGGCUGAGGCAGGAGAUUUGCUUGAACCCGAGAGGCGGAGGUUGCAUUGAGCCGAGAUCACGCCACUGCACUCCAGCUUGGGUGACAGAGUGAGACUUUGUCUCAAAAAAAAACAACAAAAAACCCAGAAACUCUGAGGGUGAUCUUUAUGAGGGAGCUGGCAAUUGAACGUCAUUCAUCUAAAUAUGCACACUGGAGGCAGGAUGAGAAUUCCUGAUAGAUUGUUCCUCCUGAGAAAAUAGCCCUCUGUCUUGGAGCUCCAGAGAGAGGGAGCCCUGUAUUGGCUGCACCAGUCAAAUGGAGUUUUAAUCUCACUGAGUUUGGAGUUGGGGGAGGACAGGAGUGGUCUUGAUUCAGAUGUUACUCACUUUUGCUGUUCUUAUGAAUGUUAGAUCUUCUUUAAUAAAUAUUUACUUGCCAUAAACCCUUAUGUCCACUUCCAGAGACUGAAUUGUGUUUUUAUAAUUUUCACCAGUUUGGCUGCGUAACAGGUCGGCAAAUCUCCUCACUCAGAUAUUCUGUAAGUUGAUCCAAAUGUUUGAAAUUUUAAGAACUUGCCAAAUUGUGUUCUAAAUGGUUAGCAUUUCAUAUUUCCUCCUGGAAUAUAUUAGAUUUUCCAUUUCUUCAUAUUACUGACAAUUUACAUGUAUGGAAGUCAUAGGCCAUUCAUUUUAACCAUUUUACUAAGUGUGCAGUAGUAUUUCAUUGUAGUUCUUAAUUUGUAUUUUUCCAAUGACUCAGUUUUGAGCGUUUUUAAAUGUGCUUAUUUGUCAUACGUAUAUCUUCGUUAGUCAAAUGUCAGUUGGUAUUUUUUGCCUGUUUUUUAAAAAUAUUUGGUUGCAAGUUCUUAACAUUUCUGAAGACAAAUUCCUUAUUUGAUAUAAGUGUCGGCAAUAUUUUUUCAUGGUCUGUGGCUUUUGUUUCCUUUCUAAAAAAUUAGAGUUGAGGUCUUGCUAUGUUACAUAGACUAGUCUCUAACUCCUGGCCUCAAGUGAUCAUCCUGCCUCAGCCUCCCAAAAUGCUGGGAUUACAGGCAUGAGCCACCAUGCUUGGCCUUGUUUUCAGUUCUUAACAGUAUCUUUCCUAGAGGAGAUUGUCCUAAUUUUUAUGAAGCCCAGUUUAUCCAUUUGUUAUCUUAUUCCUUGUGCAUUUGGUGUUCUAUUCUCUUACUAUACCAUAUCUUUGCCUAUAAAUAAAAGCCUUAUGUGAGUAUGCUA